CAGCUGUUGCCUGGGGAGGGCCGGGGAAUGCUGGGCUUUGCUGAUGUAACGGGCUCCCUGCACUUUUCAUUCAGAUCUGGUUGGCUGCAAGCUGGCAGAGAGCCUGAGCGACGCCUCCAACUCCGAUGAGGUCAUCCCAGCUCCCUUUUUUGGCUACUACAGGCAAGAUCUGCGCUGCCUCAGCCUUAAGGUCAGCUCGCUGCUCCCCCGGGAAAACUGAUGCCUCUAGGAAGCCCCCUGCCGCCCUCCCCCCCGCGAUUCCCUUGAAGCCGGACCGCGGCGGAGUUCUCGUUGGCUCGGAUGUGAAUGCUGUUUGCGAGUCGGUUGCAAGAAAUCGCGGAGCUGCCAGUGCCCGGCGCCCGCCUAACGAGGGCCAGGGCUGAGGCAACUCCCGAGCUCGCUCAGGCCGCUCCUCACCUCGUCUCCGUCCCCGGGCGGGGAUGCCGCGGGCUCCAGCCGCGCUCGGACCCCGGAGAGUGGCUCCUGCGGGGCAGGCGGCUCCCGAAGUAGGGGUUGCAGCUCACCCCACGCUCCGAGCGGCGGGAAGAGCGAGGGGUUCCCGCGCUGGGCGCGCUCCCGCCCGCGGGCAGCUCCCUGCACGGCGGGCCGGAGACAAACUCCCUCCGCCUGCGAGGGCCGAGUAACUCCAGGGCUCGCUGAGCAGCCCAGGGGCUGGCCUGGCCCUGCGGCGCGUCCCGCUCCUCGGCCGAGAGGCCGGCGGGAGCCGGAAUCCCGCCGCAGCUUCCCUGCCGCGGCUUCCGAUGCCCUUUCGGCUCCGCCGGGUUCCCCGCACGCGGCCCCCGAAGAGACCCGGCGAGAAACUUCAGCACCCUCGAGAGGCGGCGGCGGCGCGGGCUCGCGGGUGCGUCAAGCCAAGGCCGGCCCGGGUUGGGCUCCCCGCCUUUGGGAGCGGGGACCCCGGGAGGGUGAGGGGCUGCACCCACCCUCAUUGCACCCGCGCCAGCACAGCGAUGGGGAGCUGACCUUCCUCCGCCGGCCGCGCGGCUCCGCAUUCGGCUGCUCCCUUUCAAUGCCGCCUUCGGCCGGGAGUCCUCGUCUCUUUCGCUAGUUCCACCCGCCCCCCCCUCCCCGCAAAUUUUCCGGAGAAAGCGGGGCUGCUAUCCGUGCAAAGAGCCGGGCCUGUCUGUCCUUUGCAUUGGCGGCUCCAAGGCUGGAGGGUGCCUGGGAAGCGUGUUGUACCAAUGCAGCAACCCCGAUGAGCUGCAGCGUUAGAAAGAAACCCAGGCUUGACGCUGCUGUUGGGGGGUGGAAGAAACACCCCCGCAACUUUGGCAUCCAGGAAAAGCGUGUCUCCUUCCCCCCCUCCGCACCCCCCAGCCAGGCUGCUUUCUUCGGCGACCAUAGAAAGGAAUUUCCCAUCCUAUGUCGCGGAGGGUAAAAGCGUACCCGGGGGGCAGCGAGCGCCACAUCUGGCAGGGAUUUGGGGGUUAAAAUCCAGUGUCCGCCGCAAUCGACAAUGGCAAAUGAACCGGUGAUUCUGAAUGUUUAUGACAUGUACUGGAUAAAUGAAUACACCUCUACCUUGGGGAUUGGAGUCUUCCACUCUGGCAUCGAGAUCUACGGCAGAGAAUUUGCCUAUGGAGGGCAUCCUUAUCCUUUCAGUGGGAUUUUCGAGAUCACACCUGGCAGUGCGGUAGAGCUUGGCGAGACCUUUAAGUUCAAAGAGUCCGUUGCUUUGGGCACCACUGACUUCACAGAAGAGGAUGUGGAUAAGAUUAUGGAGGAGCUGGGCAAGGAGUACAAGGGCAACGCGUACCAUCUCAUGCACAAAAACUGCAAUCACUUCUCCACUGCUCUGGCAGAGAUCCUGUGUGGAAAGGAGAUCCCCCGUUGGGUGAAUCGCCUAGCCUACUUCAGCUCGUGCAUCCCUUUCCUCCAAAGUUGCCUCCCUAGGGAGUGGCUGACCCCAGCAGCCCUGCAGAGCCACAUCAACCUCGGCCUCCACAAGGAAGAGCAGGGAGACACGACAGAUGAGGAGUCCCCAUCCACUUCUGCGGCUGCCUCGGCCUCAGGCACCUCGCGAACCUGUAGGCAUACCCGGGUCUAAGCUGUGCCCAACAUGCUCCCUUCUCUCGCUCUCUGGGUUUCUUCUAUUUCUUUCUCAUUUCCUCUCUUACAGCUCCUUUCUUUCUCCCUCUUUUCUUCACCCAAGAACAUUGAGGGAAACCCCCUUUAAUGAGAAGACGAGCUCUUGAUCCUUCCCGAAGGGUUGUCACUACUGUUGCUUGGCAAAAUGACGCUGAACUAUAGCAUUGUGCUGACAAGUGUGGUGGCUAACCUGGAUUCUCCUCUCAAGGCCCCCUGUGCUCCUUGAUCCGCAGAGAACUGUUGACUUUCUGGGCACGAGAGCAUGGGACUAGAGGGGAACUAUACCGGGAAGUUCCUUGGCUGGAACUGUUUUUAUUCUUUUAUCUCCCCCUCUCCAGUUCUGUCAAGGCUACCCCCACCUACAACAUACCUCCUGGACAUGCCAGAUGAAGGAAGCAGAACCUCAGCUUGACUUUCUCAUCUCUAAGACCAGCAACAAGCUCCUACCUAUCCUCUUUUUUGUAAUUACCAGGUUUCUAAAUCAUUCAAAGGACAAGUGAAAGGUAUUGCUGUUGUACGACCACCAGUUUUCUGUGUUAGACUUUAAGAGAUUAGAGGACUGCCCUCCUCUCUCCCCCUCCCAACAACUAUACCACAAUUACCUAGAAAACAAAUGUAUAAUGGUGGUUUUUAUUUGGUUACAACAGGGGGUGGGGGUUAAUGCUUGGGGGUACCUACUAAGUAGAUGCAGGGGUGGCCUUAGUUUCCCUACCCAAGUCACCAGUUUCACAUCCCUGGUUUGCUGUUUCCCUUCCUUUUCAGUGGGGUGUUAAAUCUGUCUUCUGGCUGGCUAGCCAGCUGCCUCUGGUAACCUGUGUUUUGGGGAGGGACUUCUGGAGUGAGAUAAUGGUGAGAGGGAAUCCCUUGGGCAGACUGCUAUUUCCUAUUUUCUUCCCAGAACCAAACAUAUGGGUCCCUUGGCAGCCAUCCACCCAGUCUACAUUUAAAGCCAAGCCAGGAAGACGAAAACUAUCUAGACAGAGAAUAAACCACAAGAAUUGACAUUUGUUCCCUUGCCUCAGAGGCUGUUUUGGGAUGGAGAGGGCAGCUUGGAAUCCUGUCAGGAAGCAGAGGUUGCUGCACCAUGUACAUCCCCAUGGCAUCUUUUGUUACAUAACACUCUUUAUUUCAGUCAUUUGUGAUAGAAAAGGGGCAAGGCUGGUUGACCAACCACCCCAGCAUUGGUUCAUAGAUGUAUUAUGCCCAUGAUGAUGGUUUCUAUGCUGGGGGGCAGGUGGAGAAGGGAGCAGGUAUGCCAAUUCCAUUAUUCAAUCACCUAGCCAGGAAUUAUGUUCAGUGGCUACACCAACAUGGGAAAGGAAAAUCUAGGUCCCUCUUCUCCCACCAGCUAUGCAGAAGAGGAAGACAAAAGAGCCUGAGGAUGCGUGUGUAAUGUAUUGAUUUAGGGCCUGAUUCUUGGAAGUGCUGCGCUCCAGCUGAAGGUAGGAGGAGCUAUCAGUGCCCAGUGCCUCUGAAAAUCAGGCUGUUAGUGUGGAUAAUCCUGUCUCCAGCCACAGUCAGAAUAACAGACUGCUAAUUAUAACCAGCUAAGCAAGCUACUCCUUUAUCUCAAGUUUAUAGAAAUUGUGGGCUUGGUAUUGAAAGUCCUGGGUUUGAUCCCCACCGAUAUGCCUGGUGUCUGUACAUAUAUGGUCUCAGUUUGUUACGUGUGUGUGUGUGUGUGUGUGUGUGUGUGUGUGUGUGUGUAUCUGUAUCCAGCACCACACUCUAAUAUCCUGGGUUCCCGGUAUAGUUGCAUAGAGCCAGCAUCACAUUCUCUAUUACCCUGGUUUGUUCCGUGGUGAUUUACUAGGACCAGCAUCAUAUUCUCCAUUAUUCUGAAGUUGCCAGAGCUGCUGCCCAGACACAACAUUACACAAUACAGUACUGCACACUCAGUUGCCCUGCAGUGACUCGUGUCACUGUCUAAACCAGUCAUGCAAUCUCCAUUUUUCUGAAGUUCCCAGGAUCUCUGCCAAAAAACAGCAUUGUGACCGCAGGUAUGUGCAGUGACUGGAAGGACUGAGUGGAGGUCUCCCGGAGCUUUCAUUUGGCGAGGGAACAUUGCAGUCAGAUUGAGGUAAUAGCAAAUACCUGAUCGACUACCAUCCAUCCAUCAGCCCAACCUGCCAUCUUGCAUCUGAUCUCAUAUGAAGUGUCAUAUUGGAAGUCCCAGGUGGAAUCAGGGCUCCAGCGACAUACCUUUCCUAAGGGAAAUGCUUUGUCUAAGGGUAUGUCUACACUACGAAAUUAGGUCAAAUUUAUAGAAGUCAGUUUUGUAGAAAGCGUUUUUAUACAGUCAAGUGUGUUUGUCCCCACACAAAUGCUCUAAGUGCAUGUAGUU